GGAUUUAGGAUAAACUCCACGAAGCUCCAAACGUAGGUCAGACAGCAGGCAGCAGCGUUGAGCAGCGUUUACGUAUACAAAUAAGAGUUGAGAGUGAGGAAAGCCCAAUGUGACGAGAGUAGGUCAAUCCACCUUGAGUAGGUCAAUCCACUUAAUCCACCUUGCCCUUCACAAGUUCCCUUUUGGGACGUCUCGCUGGUUCUAUCCACUCUCCAGAGAGCUCCCUUUGAACCUUUGUUUUCAGUUGAGCUGAAGUUUCUAUCUUUGAAGACUGCGCUCCUGAUGGUCUUGACUUCAAUUGUUGGGGACCUACAGGCUUUUUCCAUUGACGAAGUGUGCCUGGAAUUCAGGCCGGCUGUUUUUCAGACCCCAGCCUGGAUAUGUGCCCAAAGUUCCCACCACUCCAUUCAGGGAUCAGGUGAUGAACUUGCAAGCACUGCCCCUGGAAGAGGCAGACCCAGCCCUGGUGCUGCUUUGUCCAGUACAUGCUCUCUGCACUUACAUAGACAGAACUCAGUGCUUCAGGACCUCAGACCAGCUCUUUGUCUGUUAUGGAGGUCAGCAGAAAGGGAAGGCUGUCUUCAAGCAGAGGUUAGCCCACUGGUUAGUGGAUGCUAUUGUCAUAGCCUACCAGGCUCGAGACUUGCCAUGUCCCCUGGGGGUGAAAGCUCACUCCACUAGGAGUGUAGUCUCCUCCUGGGCGUUGGCGCACGGUGCCUUGCUAACAGAUAUUUGUAGAGCUGCGGGCUGGGCGACACCUAACACAUUUGCGAGAUUUUAUAAUCUCAGUGUAGAGCGAGUAUUCUCCUGUAUACUCACCCCUUCGGGCCAUUAGCUGGAUCUGCUCUGUGUCAUUCGCUUACUGCACCGUUCCACUCUACAGAUUGGAUGCGUGCGCUAUUUCCUUAGAUGAGUUCCACUGUUAGAACCCUGGGUUCCUCCAGCACCGCAUAGCGGUAAUAAGAAUCGGAGGGAACCAACCCACAGGGUGGAGUUACACAUCAGAGAUGGAAAGUGGCUUGCCAAGAGAAGACAUACUCUCCAAAGGAGACUUAAAGUGGAAUACACACGUGGGAUCAAGAGGGGAACCCAACACAUGGAAUCACCUGGUCUAACAAGGGCUGACCGAAGAGGCAAGCACGCAAGUAAAGACAUCUGUAAAAAGCACUAUAUAAAUAAAGGUGACUUGAACUUCACAGAGUAAAAAUGAAAUUUAUUAUGUACUGGAACUGAGAACAAAACUCCACACUUUGGGGCAGCUAUCUAUGGAGAAUUUGUUACAGGUUCAGGACAAACAAAGCCUGCUGUACAACAGCGGAACCAAUUUACAUAAAUUUUCUCUGGGAGAUAAAGUGCUUGUAUUACUUCCAUUUUCGAUGGAUUCUAGAUUACUUGCAAAGUGGCAACGACCGUUUGAGGUUACACAGCAAUUCGGGGAUCUCGAUUAUGAGGUGGUGCGGUCAGAUAGGAGCGGGGCAUGUCAAAUUUAUCACCUCAACCUCCUAAAAACAUGGAGUGAGGUGCAAUCAGUGGUGCUGACGACGGUAGUGAGUGGAGAAGAGGAUCUUGGGCCAGAAGUAAGCACCAAAACUCAAUCUCUCGCAUUGGCCCAGGGAGGAGAUCAUAUCUCGCCCUCCCAGCUCUCUGAUGUGUCCAAGUUGCAAGCAGAAUUUGCUGAUGUGUUCUCGCUCCUACCUGGUCGAACGAAUCUCAUUGAGCACCAUAUUGAGACCGAGCCUGGCAAUACGAAGUCGGCCGUAUCGUUUACCUGAACACAAGAAAAAAGUAGAAAUGGGGGUAAUAGAAGAAUCCAACAGUGAUUAGGCGAGCCCGAUAGUUUUAGUUCCUAAAACAGAUGGCUCGAUUCGAUUCAGUGUGGAUUACCGCAAACGAAGAAGCGUGCGGUUGGGCGUGUGGAGGUCAGGAAUCUGGGUUUCCACUUGAGUCACGGACAAGUGCAUCCCCAAAUAUAUAAGAUGGCAGCAGUUGGAACUUGUCCAAAACCUAAGACCGAAAAGGAGGUAAGAUAGUUCCUGGUGCUGGCAGGAUAUUAAAGAAGGUUUGUGCCUAAUCAUUCUGACCUCACCAGCCCGCUGACUGAUUGCACUAAAAAGGAAGCACCAGAGCUGGUCCAGUGGAUGGAGCUGUGUAAUCAGACUUUUAUCCAAGUGAAGGCUGCUCUAUGUGGUGGACCGCUUUAGCACCAUAGAGAAUCAGGUGGCCAUCAGGUGGGCUGUCCUCACCCUUUGCUAUUAUCUCCUGGGACGGGAGUUCACCCUCUGUUCGGACCACACCCCUCCGCAGUGGCUCCAAGACAGGAAGGAUACCUAUGCAUGGAUCACUCGUUGGUAUCUAGCAUUAUAGCCCUUUAAAUUCCAGUCCUGAUGGAAGAGAACGAGGAGAAUGAAGAACUGAGUGAAGUGGAGGAGAAACAUCAUGUCAAACCUGGAAAAAAACAUUUAAGUCACUCAAAGACUAAAAAGACAUUUUUAGAGAAAAGAAGAGCCAAGACCUCUACAACCUGCACUCAGUUUGGAAAGAGUUUCACAUACAAACAUAAUCUUGAACGUCACAUGAGUAUCCACACAGGAGAGAAGCCAUUCACAUGUGAUCAAUGUGGGAAGAGCUUCAUCCAAAAAGCAUCUCUUAAUCAACACGUGGGAAUUCACACUCGAGAGAAGCCUUAUGUAUGCCAUCAAUGUGGGAAGAGUUUCAGUCAAUCAACACAACUAACGAUACACGUGAGAAUCCACACCGGAGAAAAGCUAUUCGUAUGUCAUCAGUGUGGGAAGAGAUUCAUAGACCAAAGAAUAUCUUAAGCUUCACAUGAAGAUCCACACUGGAGAGAAGACGUACACAUGCCAUGACUGCGGAAGUAUAUUUCUUAGGGCAUCAAACCUGAAGAAACACCUGACAGUUCAUACGAAGGAGAAGCCACAUUCAUGUUCUGUGUGUGGAAAGAGUUUUUUGCAGCUGUGUAGUUUACAAGAGCAUGAGAAAAUUCAUAAUGAUGUGAGAGAGUACAUGUGCUUUGAGUGUGAGAAGACUUUUACUUCAGGAAGCCGUUUAAAACUGCACCAGAGAAUUCACACUGGAGAAAAACCUUUCAAGUGUUCACACUGUGACAAGAGAUUCAGUCUGUCAGGACAUCUGAAAACACAUGAGAGGAUCCACACUGGAGAAAAACCUUUCAAGUGUUCACACUGUGACAAGAGAUUCAGUCUGUCAGGACAUCUGAAAACACAUGAGAGGAUCCACACUGGAGAAAAACCUUUCAAGUGUUCACACUGUGACAAGAGAUUCAGUCUGUUAGCAAAUCUGAAAUCACAUGAGAGGAUCCACACAGGAGAAAAACCUUACAAGUGUUCACACUGUGACAAGAGAUUCACUCAGUCAGGAAAUCUGAAAACACAUGAGAUGAUCCACACUGAAGAAAAACCUUACAAGUGUUCACACUGUGACAAGAGAUUCAGUCAUUUAUCAUAUCUGAAAAGACAUGAGAGGGUCCACACUGGAGAAAAACCUUACAUGUGUUUACAGUGUGACAAGAGAUUCAGUCGGUCAGGACCUCUGAAAUCACAUGAGAGAAUUCACACUGGAGAAAAACCUUACAAGUGUUUACACUGUGACAAGAGAUUCAGUCAGUUAGCAGCUCUGAAAACACAUGAGAUGAUCCACAGCGGAGAGAAGCUGCACACGUGUGAUCAGUGUGGAAAGAGUUUCUCUUUUAAAAGUGACCUGAAGAUACACAUGAAGAACCAUGCAGUGGAGAAACCACAUCACAACAGUCUGAAAUCACAGAGAAGAUCCUCAAGAGAUGAACCUCCCUUUAAUCCAGCGUCACAAAACUUGUGUGAGUUGUUCUUGAAGGAGAGAAAUGAGAGGCGUUCAUCAGGAUCUGAGGAGAUCUGCAGUUUACACAGUGAGAAACUCAUACUCUUCUGUCUGGAGGACAAACAGCCUGUGUGUUUAGUGUGCAGGGAUUCACAGAAACAUGAAAAUCAUAAAUUCAGACCCAUCAGUGAAGUGGUUUCAUCACAUAAGUCUCAAGCUGAGCACACAGAGCGUCAGAUUAAACAGCAGGUUUGAGAAGCUUCAUCAGUUUCUCAGAGAUGAAGAAGAAGCUACAAUCACUGCUCUGAGGGAGGAAGAGGAGCAGAAGAAGCAUAUGAUGAAGGAGAAACUGGAGGAGAUGAACAGACACUCAACUCUUUCACACACAAUCAAAGACAUG